GUCAAAGCAACUAUAUAGUUCGCAAAAUCGUAAUUGCAUCAAGUUUUCUAAUCGAAAAGUAGUAAUUGUACAGAGAUAAUGAAAAUAUCAUCUGAAUCAUGUCGAUUGAGGCACAUAAAGUGAUCCGUUGUAUUGCUAUACGAUAGUAUUCCUUAAGAUUUUUUGGACCGACGCGAUGUACUGUUUGCAAUGGCUGAUCCCUGUGCUGUUGAUACCGAAGCCCGUGAACCCGGCGCUCGUCAACACCCACGUAAUGUUCAUGGUGUUGUACCUGAUAGGAUUCUUCUUAGAGAGAAAGCCUUGUACCGUGUGCAGUGUCGUGUUUCUUGCGGCUGUGAUACUCAUAUGUUAUAGCGGCAUCGGGAACUGCUUGUUUUGGGCGAGCCAGUGCGAGGAAGAGAAGUACGAUACGUAGUCGCACUCGACCGCUCCGAGUUACCUACCAAAGUGCUCAAGGAGCUGUUAUGUGUUCCUCAAGAAGAGAGAAGGCGGGAACGCGCGGGACACCCUGUUGCCUUUGCCUUCCAGCAUGCAAAAAAAAUACGAAACCGUUUUGUAUAUUUUUAUAAAUACAUAAGACUUAUAUUUUUUAAUUUACAUGUCUGUUGUGUAAAACAUUUUAUGGAGUGAGAAGUGUCCAAAAGAAAGAAAAUGUGCCGAUCUGUAUGUACUUAACUAUCUCAAUUGUUAUGUUAAUUUAUAAAAAUGUGAUGAUAAUGUAUGUACAGUUAAUUGUUAGUAAUGAUUUCAUAACAAUCAUGUGAAAUACAAUAUGAGAAUAGAUUUUUCUUUUUAUAGAUUAUAAUCUCUAAAGUGAUCAAGUAUAUACAAGUUCUGCCAAGCAGAAUAUUGGAGUGCUAUUGACAUAAAUUAUGUAGUGGUGUCAAUUUUGUAAGUAUGUCAGAAGAUAUACGCAAAAUGUUGUAAUUGGUCGGCCCCUUAAGAUAUGAUAUCUAUGUAUAGGAAGAUAAAAUUAUACAAAGAUAGCUUUAUUAAGUACUGAUUGUGGAAUAUACAUAUACACUUUGUUAGAGUUAUCAAGUAAUUAUUACUUUAAUUACUUACUGCUUCAAAUUAAGAUUGGAAAUACUAUGAUCAUGCUCUCAUAAUCUGAACCUCUGUUCAGUGUUUGAAGCAGGCUUGAGGUAUUUGCAUGUGUUUUGUUUGUAUGAAAUCAUUUCUCUUCAUACAUACACAAUAAUAUUGCUACUGCUCCAUAGAAAAUAAUGUAUAGACUUAACUGGCAACCGGUACUAUCUAAAUUUUCUAAAGAUUUCUCUUUUUAAUACCAUUUUAUACUAUUUCAUAC